AUGCCAAACGAAAGCCUCAAUACUACUCCCCACGUUAUCUGCACGGAGAUAAUGAUGCCAGACGACCACGAUAAAUCUGCCAACCACGCUCACCUUAUGACAUUUACCAGAUUUGAUCGUGAGGGCAUACCAAUCGCCGAUUCUAGUGUCUCUACAACUCUGCUGCCUCAUCGGUACUCCUACGCUCAAGGUUGCUCCAACAUGACAAUAGGGAUGUCACCUACAUAUCAGGGUCUCAGCGGGCAGCCACAGACUCCCAGCACGAUCCAUUCAUUCGGGCCGACGGACACAGUCACCCACCCAUACUGGGCCGCCACGAGCGAUUAUCUACCAGCUUUACCCUUGUCAGCAGAUGAAUUGUGUCGCACCUUGAUCAAUGAUCUGGCAGUCAAUCUGGAUAGUGAAUGGAGCGCUCCCUUCGAGUGUGCUGGUGUGAUAGUACCCUCGUUGCUGUCGCACCACGGUCUUGACGGACAGCCACGUACUCUUAACACGAUCCCUCAUAUUGGCCAAAUUGAUAUACCUUCCCAAGCUACCUGGGCUGCCGCCAGCGACAAUCUUGGAGCCCCUUGUAUCGUGGCAGGCGGACGGGAUUCCGCCGUUAACGCUCCUUUUCCAGAGAUUCUUAUGAGUCCUGGCCAAUGUCGGUUCAUCGUGACACUACACACACCAACUGCCUUGGUACCACAUCCCACUGAGACUCCGAUCACAUACCUUGACAAGGAGCAGCGAUACGUGCUGUCUAUCGUAGACAGAGCACUCUCGGGUGAGAUAGUUGGACCCCGGCCCGUCCGAUACCGGACGCAGAUCUGGGCCUCACUGGAAGAUAAUGACCAUGAGUCAGCCUCAACCGGGCUCUGGCAGUCCUGGAAAGAAGAAUAUGGCGGGUCCAUGGCUGCUAUCGAGUGUCUCUCUGCCCAGGCGGCGGUGAAAUCUGGGCACGUUGAAGUGGAAAGAAACUUUUUAAAUGGCUUCUGUAUCACGUGGAGCUCCGAUGGAACGACAUCCCCCUUAGGCUGCUCAAUGGGUGUGCGCUUCAACUUUCGGUCUACAGAUUUCGUUCAGGCCAGGGGUGCUAAGAGCCCUGUUGUACGCCUUUACGCUGAAACGGAAGCGCUGUGGGCGCCAGAGGAAGCUAGGAUAGAUCGCCUAGUUGAGCAGAGUUACUGCAAGGUGCAGAUAUUCCGAAAGUACGGCACCAAGCGCAAGUCGGCAAAGGACAUUUUUCGCGUACAGGAAGCAAUCAGGCAGGUGGAAUAUCGGCUUUUACAAGCAGGAACAGGCGAUGAGGAGUACAGGACCAAUAUCGCGCUUAUGGCAUCCUGUGAUCAGGGCAGGAGGUGGGAAGAUGAGCAGCACGCGCGAUUAGCCAUGCUGCAGGUUACGCUAACGUCUUCACAUUCCAAAAGCGUCUUCAGACCCCUUUGA